CUUCAUUCUUGUUUAAGGCUCUGGAAGAAAUGAUCCAAAAAUAUCCGGUAUUGGACGCCGUGCCCAAGAAAGUCAUUGUCCACGAUGCGGCGGCAAACAUGAAACAUGCUGUGUCAAUCAUGAACAAAACAAAAUAUGAAUCACUGUUGUGUGCAGACCACCUACUAAACACUAGCCUACUACAUGCUACCAAUGAAGUGCAAGAAGUCAAAGAAUGCAUAGAUAUUGCCACACAACUAUCUAGCAAAGUCCACAGAUCCACCUUAGCUUGUCAACUUAUUGAAAAAGAGUGUAUGUUGCUCCGUGUAAACUAUGUUAAAAUCAUUGCUCCGGUAAAAACCAGGUGGAAUUCUAACUGUUUUAUGCUGGAGUCAAUCCUUAAACUUAAAGAUGUGUUGAUUUCUCUUAGAGAAAAAGAUGCACUAAAUAACAACCCACUACAGAACGUUAUUUCAAGUGACAACCAAUUUUCACUGAUGGCUUCACUGAUGCCAGUCUUAAAAAAAAUGAAGAUUAUGUCAGAUUGCAUGUCCAAGGACACUGAACCAGUGCUUCAUCAUAUGCUAACUAUGCUUUAUAAAACUGACAAUUUUCUUCAUGACCACAUUGAUAUGGAAAACAGAGAAAUAGUUAGUGCUUUUUGUAAAAAACUAAGUGAGCAUUUACACCUAGCCACGCGAUUCAAUGAACAUGGAAGAUACAACCAACACUAUGCCUUGGGAAACCUUCUUCAUCCGUACUUUAGAGGUUAUAAGUUUUAUUUCUUGGAUAUAUGCUUAGACAUUACGGUAUCUUCGAAGAGUUCACCAGAAAAGUCAUCAACGAUCAUCCAUCGUCGGACGCUGUUUCGAUCAGUGAAAAAAAUAAUCAUAAAGCUACACAAGUUAAAAUGCCAGUUGGUGUGGAUGAGUGCGACGAUUUACAAAAUAUAGAGAUUGAACAGGGUAAUAAUAACCACACCAUUAGUCAAAAUGUACCAGAAAUUGAAAGGGAGUUUGAAUCUUUCCAGGCUAUGCCUCGUGUUGAAGAAAAGCAUAAAGUUGAUGUGCUGAAAUGGUGGAAUAAACAUGCCUCUACUUUGCCAUUGUUAGCACAAUUGGCAAGAAAUUUGCUCUGCAUUCCAGCUGCAUCAAGCUGUAGUGAGAGAGUGUUCAGCGCCAGCGGUGGAAUUAUAAAUGAUA